UUCCUCUCUGUUCGGCUCCCCCUCAGGUUAAAGGGACGCUGUGAGAGUACAGACGGAUCGGGGCUCUCUCUCUUCUCACUCUCUCUCUAUGGCAGGACACGAAUGGGACUGGUUUCAGCGAGAGGAGCUGAUCGGUCACAUCAGCGACAUCCGAGUGCAAAACCUCCAGGUUGAAAGAGUGAGCACGCAGAAGAGAACGUUUACCCGAUGGAUCAACUUCCACUUGUACAGGUGCAAUCCACCCCUGGAGGUGAAGGAUUUGUUUAAAGAUAUGCAAGAUGGGAAGAUCCUGAUGGCUUUACUGGAGGUCCUAUCUGGGCAAAGACUGAUGCAACAGUAUAAACAUUCCACUCAUCGGAUUUUCAGACUGAAUAAUAUUGCAAAGGCCCUUCAGUUUCUGGAGGAAGGAUACGUGAGACUGGUCAGCAUUGAUGCACAUGAGAUUGCUGAUGGCAACCCUUCUAUGAUCCUUGGCUUAAUCUGGAAUAUCAUUCUCUAUUUCCAGAUAAAGGAAGCAACAGGACACCUGAGGACUUUCUCUCCCACAUCCAGUUUGUCUUCCUUGCACAGUGGAAGUGAUAAUGACCUGACGUUACACUGCACUCCUAAGGAAACCGUCCCUUCAGCUCCAUAUAAGGAUCAGAGGAGGGUUAUUAAAGUUCUCCUGAACUGGGUGCAGAGGAGGAUUGCAAAGUAUGGCGUGGCCAUUCAAGACUUUGGUACCAGUUGGCGGAGUGGCAUUGCAUUCCUAGCUCUCAUCAAAGCAAUCGACCCAAGCUUAGUGGAUAUGAGAAAAGCUAUGGAGAGACCAAACAAGGUCAAUCUUGAAGAUGCGUUCAAACUAGCACACAUCAAUCUGGACAUCCCACCACUAUUAGAGCCUGAAGAUGUUGAUGUUGAACAUCCAGAAGAACAGUCCAUCACCACUUAUGUAUCACAGUUUUUGGAGCAUUUCCCUGAUAUUGAUGAGAAUGAUACUGCAGAAUGUGCCUAUGAAUCUCCAUUUGAGGAUUCUUGUAUCAGCUUUGCAACCAUGUCUUCUGAUCUUAGUGCACAAGAUUCCAAUGUUGGAAAUAAACAUUGUGAUUCAGAUAUUGUCUCGCCUCUGCUACAGGACUCUACAGUCUUUAUCCCCUCCUACCUGAAAGAUGAUAAAUUAUCUGCACAAAAUGUCGUGAUGAAUGACAAUCAGCCAUUACAUGAAGAAAACGAUAAUUCUUUUGUUAAUCAGGGCAGUAGUUCUAAUGAAACGGAAAUGGUUACCACUAACAUGGUUGAUGUUUCCAAUAUUGCAAAAUCAAGUAUGUCCUCACAUCAAGAUGGUCAGUUAUCAUCUGAUCUGCACAAUGUACUCUUACAACCCGCAUCUGACACCAAUGUCACUGACACGGUAGAGGAGAUUUAUGUCCUGCUACAUCCAUUGAAAAGAAAGUCUUCAAAUGGUGAGAAAACACUGUUGGAAAAGAAGCCUUCCUCUCCGGAACCUUAUGAUUAUCAUUCACCAAUUGCAGCGAAUGAUGUGUUGAAAGCUAGGUCCAGAAUUGAAACACCUGAACCUUUUGCUGAAGAUCAAUGUGACACAUCCUUGGAAAUCGUCUCAGAAGCCACAUACUCCUCUAAUAAAUUGAAUGAAGCUAUCAAAAGUCCACAAGAUCAGUGUGUUUCUUUAUACCGUAUGGAUAUGCAAUCUAAUGCUAGUAUGCCUGCUCGGAUACGUAAAGUUUCAGAAUCAUGUACACAGACGGAUGAAAAACCAUCUUCUGAACAGAAUGAGCAAUUGCCUUCAGUAAUAGAUAAUGCACUUAUGGGUGAAGAAAAAGUGUCUGUAAUUCCACUUAACCUUGUUUACUAUCCUCAUUAUGAGAUACCAGUGUCUAAGGUACUUGAAGCUUUUUCAGUUACUGGUAGUCCUCAAAAGGAACUUAUCCCAGAGUUUCAGAAAGACUUGUCACCACUGGCUGAUGAAGCUUACCAGUCUUGCUCUGAGCUCAGUGGUUCUUUUUCAUUGCAGGAACUUAGUCCAACAUUCUCUGAAAAAACUUUGUGCACCCCUGACUCUGAUCAGAUUGACAGCUCGAGCAUCUCUAGUCAUGCUGAACCUGGUAAGAUUGCUCAGUCACUUUCUUCUUACCAAGGAACUGACUUGUCUCAGUUUCUGCCAGUAGCAAUCCCUAAUGCUGCCAACGAAAGCAUUGUGAAUCCUCUUAGUAAAUUGCCAGAUCAGCCUAGCUUGGAGGCUAUUAAUGAACGAUUUUUGGAAGAAAAACCUUCAGUGACAAAGUCUGGAGAUCUUCAGAUACCCAAAAGCGAACAUGAAAAGGAUCAAGAUGAGAACAGUCCAGGUCCAGAGGCAUUAAACAACCAGCUUUUGCACUCGCUGCAAAGUCAAAUGGGUCUGAAAGAUACAGGAGAAGAUGUGGAGAUUUAUGGUAGUGGUCCAGAACAGCCAGCUGAUACAAAAGAUGGGCAGCACAACAUCCUGCAAAGUUCUGUGAUUUCAUGCUCACCCACUUUAAGUGCUGAAAACUCGCAAGAGAAAAGCAGUUAUGUUUUCACCAGCCAUAAAGAUCACAACCAUGAAUUCCGCCUGAAAGCAAUGAAUGACCAAUGUUCAAGUGAAUCAGAAGAGAACACAAGCAAUCAAGAUGAAAAACUGAUUCAGGAUGAACAUUGCUCUGAUCCCAAUAUGCUGUCAUUGAUAAGACAACAUAACACUCAGCACAAGAUACCUGAGAAUCUGGUGCUGCUGAAUGAAGCAAAAUUUACAGAUGAAACACAUCUCCAAACAAGGUCAGAUCAACAAUCUGACAAUGCAAGUGUAUUGGAAGCAAUGUGGCACCCAACUGCUGCUGUCAUCCGUGAUAAGGUACCUUCAGGAUCCCCUACUCCUCCUCAAUUACCGUACCUUGUUGUUAUUCUCUGGAUGGUAGUAUACUGGCUGAUCAUUCUUCUGCACCUCGACUUGGAGUCACUUGGCCCAUUCACAGCCAGUUGAUUAUGUUACCAGAUAGAUCAUAAUUACUCUUCUACUUAAGAUUUUGUGGAGUAGUUUUGUACUGUUGGGUUUUGUUCUUUUUAUACUCAUAUGUUUCCAGAGUUUUCCUGACAUCCCUAUUUAAAUUGUAAAAUCCCAAAGUUCCAAUGCCUGUAACAAAUGAAGGGCAAAGACUGAGUAUAAACCUGAGAAAUUGUUUUUAUUCCAUUAAUCUGGAUUGUUUGGUUAAGAAGAGGUGACCCAAUGAGGACUAGUGACAUGUUAUUGAACAUACUUGGUCUUGUCCACAUCUUCAAAAAAGAAUGGUACAGCAUGUUGCAGACUUUCUAUGUGUGCUGAAGGGGGUACAAAUUUCCAAUCAAUCGAAGCUUCCUGAGUGGUAUGACAGCAAGAAAGUGAAUAGUUUUUUAAUACCUUUUAUAGUAUACAUGAUGUAAAUGAAGCUUUAUUUUAAUAUUUACUUUUAUGGCUGCAUUUUGCUCUUUCGUAAAAGGGUUUCAUUUGCAACCUAUUAUGUUGAUACCAAAAGUUAGAAGAAUAAGACACAAUUGUACUCAAGUAAUGAAAUAAACACUUGAGAUUUAAAUACCAAGACUGGCAAAAUGGGAAUAUAAUGUGAAAGUUAUAAUCCUGCAUUUCUGGAACAUUACUACUGUAAUCUUUUCUCUAACUUGUGUUCCUACAGAAUAUAGCUUUCCCCAAUGCAUGUGCAAGACUGCUCAAUCACCCUGUAUUUUGUGCAAUAAGAAUAUAUUGUUAAAACACAGCUGGGCUGAUCUUUUCAAGGUUUCAUUGAUUGUUGUUUCUCACUUUCCGUUUGUCUCCCCAUUGCCUGGGGUAUUUGGAAGGUGCAUUCAGAAUCUGCUUUUAGUUCUUUACUAAAUAAGCUUUUAUCAUCUUUUUCAUAAGUGGUCCAGGUUAUCACUGCCUAUUGGCCUCCUCACUAAAAUAUGUUGAACAAGGUAUCAUGGCUUCUAGACAUCUUCCUGCUAACCUUUAGUGGCAAAUGAUUGCAAGACAGCAUGAUAUAUUACUGAUAUAUUCACAAUGUUUUAUUUAAAUCCAGAUUUUUUUUCUCAUUUGCUUUUAUUUGUUGUCGGUCCUGUGAUUCUAGUAAGUCCUAAAUAAAUAAGCCAAAGAUUAGAAAAUGGGCACAAAGAUUUGGCACAUUUUGAAGUUUUCCCUCUCUGCAUUUUCUUUCUCUUUCAUCUAGAUGAUGAAAUUGCACUUAAAACGAAGCUUUAAACUGCCACUGAAAGUAGAGGCUGGGCCUUUACUAUUUUCAUUAUUUGUGUAUAUGACUCAACUUCUUUGAUUGUUAAUAGUCUGUAUGUGCUGGAUGUGCUUGUGUUUGUGUACAGUUGUUUUCUGUAAUUGAAUUUGUUCUUGGCUGGUUAGACAGUUAAGGCUCUACCUUAUGAUUGAAGGUUUUUCCUCCUUUCCAUAAACUAAAUUCCACAAAUGCUGCUAAUAGCAUUUAUGAAAUCUCGUGCAGGAAAGUUGAUGGUGAGUUUGGGCAGGAAAUGCAUCUAUUGAACACAAUAAUCCAACCUAAUCCUGUUUCCACAAGGGCUUGUAGGCAGGACCCACUGGUUAGUGAUCAGUAGCUCGUGAAGCUCAUUCAAGCUCUGCAGAAACCAACCGCAACUAACUGCAGUGUACCCACUCAUUGAUUCAUCACACACCAAGUAUUGUGUUGGAGACUUUCCUACUGUGUACACUGCCCAGAACACUUAAAGUAGAUCAUACUGAAAGCUGAAGCUAUUUAUUCAGUCUGACGUUUUAAACCCUCACACACCUGCGAUUUUCCCCAAAAAUCUCGGUCAUAACAGUUAGAAAUGUGCUGUUCUACACUGUUCACCUAAGUAUCAUCUCAAAGCUCAUUAAUACUCCAAUAGUAUUACAGUAAUGAGUUACCCAAUGUUACAAAUUAGAAUACCACUGCUGUAAUCUGUAAUGUUCGCUAAAUGAGAAAGCAAAAGUAAUUAUAACUAUACUUACAAUUUUAAAUGUUCCACUCAUCUGUUUAAGAGUGGAAUGGAGAAAAACCUUUAGUUCAGUGUAAUGCUGAGAUAAACCUAUAGAAGGUUUGGCAGAGUCUAUGAUCCAAUUAUGUUAGCUAAGUCAAGAUAGCAGAUAGACUUUUUUUUAAAUGAUUAGUGAAGGACACAAAUCUGGGUGGGCAAAUAUUUUCACUCUUAUACCCAUGCUUUGCAUUUUUGACCUAUUGGUAGUGUGAUUGAAUGCUCUAAGCCAUUGAAUUCAAAUCUUACUUGCUUCAGAGGUGUUUCAUAACACAUCUGAAUAGAUUGAUUAAAAAUAUCUACUCAUGGCAGCCCCGAUCUCCACUAUUAUAAUGUGUAGGGAAGACAGGAUGAGGUUGGACUCUGAUGUUAUCAUAUUUUUGUACUUAUGUUUCCUGUCUGUGCUUACACUCCUCCUGAUCAUCAUAGCCUCACAAGUAUAAUUUUAACCUUUUGGAGUCUCAUCAUACAUCAAACUGAUCAGAGUGAAUAUGGCACAGGCUCCAAACUCUUCCGACAAUUGGAGCUCUAUUGAUGCCAGGCAUUUACAAUUUGCAUAGAAAAGGAACUUGACCCCUGAAACAGGCAGUUGCAUGGUCUAUUAGUGGUAGGCAACUGCAGAAACUGCCAGGUGGCAUUCAAAUCUCUCGUCCCAUUUUGAAACCACUAAUCUAGUUAAUGUUAAUUCAAACAAAGUAGUUUUGUCAUGAUACUUCCAGUCAAAUAGCCAAUCUACAAUGGCCAUCUGGGGUCAUAUUUGAAUAUUGAGGUGCAUACCUACAGAACUGUACCAGUAACAAUUCAUCUUCAAUUGAGGGCAGUAGGGUUGGAGGAAAUAUUGAGCAAAAAGACAAUUGUUUUGCUUGGACUGCUAUUGAGUAACAUUCUUCUUGCUGUACUGCAGUUAUUUGAGAUGUACAUCAACACAAUAAAACUCUUAAGCUUAUUUAUAGAAAUACUGGCAGGUACAGUAUCACCAACUCUAUAAUGAUUUAAAAUAUAGUAGGAUUAAUUUUUUGUACAGGAGAAAACAAAAAUUGUGCCUUUUUGGAAACUUUAAUGUUUAAUUAAUGAAGUCAGAACAGCUGGUUAUCAAUCAGUAGUGAGACAACCAUGUUAUGCUUUGCUUUGAGGGUGGUACUCCAUUGCUCCAGAAACACACCUUCAAAGAGGUUACCUGUUUGCGUACCAGUUGUAGAUAGGAGCUUGGGUAUCUCUAGCCUUUGGACCCUCUGUAUCAUUCAAGGAUACUUGCUUUAGAGCACAGACCAUAAUAUUACACAGAUUAUAUGAUUCUCAAAAUAAAAAUCUUUUCACAAUAUUUGUUUCUCUAAAAAUGGUGUACAUUUUCUGUCUUAGUUUGGGAGCUUCUGUAAAAAUAAGUUUGUGAAUAAAAGCUAUUCAACAAUUUAUUAAAAUCUGGUCUUAAA